AUCUAAAACAUUAGGGUUUCAUUCUGCAUUUUGCGGACGAGACUGGAGAGCCGAAGCGUUGAGCGAGCGAUUCGCAAUCACCUAUCCACAACCGCAAACAUGGCGACUCAGAUGAGCAAAAAGCGAAAGUUUGUUGCUGAUGGAGUCUUUUUUGCGGAGCUCAACGAAGUUCUGACCAGAGAGCUGGCCGAGGAUGGAUACUCUGGCGUCGAGGUUAGGGUUACUCCGAUGCGCACUGAGAUCAUCAUCAGAGCCACUCGUACCCAGAACGUUCUUGGUGAGAAGGGUAGGAGGAUUAGGGAGCUGACUUCAGUUGUUCAAAAGCGCUUUAAGUUUCCAGAGAACAGUGUGGAGCUUUAUGCCGAGAAAGUUAAUAACAGAGGUCUCUGUGCCAUUGCUCAGGCGGAGUCACUCCGUUACAAGCUUCUUGGAGGCCUUGCUGUUCGUAGGGCUUGUUACGGUGUUCUGAGAUUUAUCAUGGAGAGUGGGGCUAAGGGAUGCGAGGUCAUUGUGAGCGGAAAGCUCCGUGCUCAGCGUGCCAAGUCCAUGAAAUUUAAGGAUGGGUACAUGAUAUCUUCUGGUCAACCUGUCAAUGAAUAUAUUGACUCAGCUGUGAGACACGUCCUCCUCAGACAGGGUGUGCUUGGUAUCAAGGUCAAAAUCAUGCUCGACUGGGAUCCCAAAGGCAAGCAGGGGCCUGCAACACCGUUGCCUGAUCUGGUAACUAUUCACCCUCCCAAGGAUGAAGAGCCUAUUCCUCAAAUGGUGGCGGCACCUGUUAUUGAGGUACCGGUUGCGUUAGCCUGAGUUGGGUGGUGAUUGAACUAUCAUCACAUGCAGUACGUACUGUUUUUGCCAUUUCAGUAAUUUUGCUUUUGUUUUUUUGUUCUUUCAUCCAGAUCAGAAUAAUACUAGAUAUCUCUUUUUAAUUUUUUCCCUGGAGUUGCGGAUGUUAAUUUAUGUUCAUUUAAACAAUCUUUUUCGAUGGAUGCAUGACUAUGUUUACUUAUUUUAAUAUUAUGCCUUUAUUUUUGUUU